GCGACAGCAGCGAUGUGGAAGACCAACGGGCACAAGUUCAAGCCGCACCACGAUGGGCUGCUCGUCAGCUACGACAAGGACGACGGGGAGGAGAAGGGCGGGUGGAGCAUGAGGCAGCGCGUGGAGGAGCGGCAGCGCAAGGCGGAGGCGGACCUCUCCCGCGUGCUCUACCGCUGCGCCGCCUGCAACCACUUCUGCUUCAAACUCGCGCGCCCGCUGUCAGCCCUUCCCGAAAGGCGCACGGAUGGCAGCAGGGUGGUGGAGGCAGCAACGGAUCUGGUGACCAUGAUGGCCGUGAAGGGCGGCCAGAAGCUGCUCAAGAGCAACCGCGGCAUUGGUGUGUGGACGUCACCUGGAGCACGCGUUCUCACCGCCCAACAAUGACACCGGGGAUGCCUUAUCGCCACCCCGGCAACGCCGUUGCUCAUGUGCUGCCUGCGCCCGCACGCUGCCUCAACUGCCCUGCAUUCUCCUCGCCGCUGCACUUGCGCUCUCUGUGUGCGCUUCUCGUCCCCAUGGCUCCUUCAAUGCCGUGGGUGCGCGGUGCUACACGUGGGGGCAGGGAGAAGGGGGUGGAGCGCCAGUUCCGGUACAACUGUGAGCUCUGUGACGCCUGCAUCGCGUACCGCCCCGUGCCCUACGAGCAGGACUGCAAGUACAUCUACCUCUUCCCCGAGGCCUUGACGGAGUUCAAGCCAGGCCAGCUGAGCCACUCCUCCCUGGCAGCAGCAGUGGCGGCAGCAGUGGCAGCGGGCGUGGCGGUGUCCCCAGCGGUGGCUCAGCUGCGCCCCGUCACCGUGGCCACCACACUAUAUUUCAGCCUUUCUCCCUCCUGCCCCCCCCUACUCACCCACCAGGCCUUGACGGAAUCCAAGCCAGGCCAGCCGAGCCACUCCUCCCCAGCAGCAGCGGUGGCGGCAGCAGUGGCAGCGGGCGUGGCGGUGUCCCCAGCGGUGGCGCAGCUGCGCCCCGUCACUGUGGCUGCUGACGGGCUGCCCUCCAUCCUUGGCCUCCCCGGCAUGCCCCUCCUUGCCAUUGCUGAGGACGCUGCUGCCGCUGCUGCUGCGCCAGAUGGCGCUGAUGCUGCUGGUGGUGGUGGUGCUGAUGGUAGAGAUGGGCAGGGGGGUGGAGAGGGGGAGGUGGUGAAGGGAGGGAAGGAGGGUGAAGAAGGGAAGGCAGGGGAGGAGGAAGUUGAUGGAAGCAGUGUCAAUGGCGAAAGCAGGCAAGAGGAGAGCAGGGCACAGGUGCGUGCGGUCCCCCUGUGUUGA